CCCAUGAAACAAAUAAAUAAUGCAACCGCUGCUUUGUCCUUGUAUAAGUUGUAUCAGAGACAAGUUGGAACUCGACUGACCGGGAAACAGUUUCACCCGCCAGAAGAGUGAGAAACUCCUCCACCUUUUCCAUUCUCCGAAAUUUCCGAUUUCCCUCCCUCUUUCCGGUACCACCGCGCGGUUGCAAUUCCAUCACGAUAACCGCUCCUGCCAAACCCAACCGAGUCGCAUCGGUUAAUUCACAACACAUUCGUUGUUGCAUACAAGGGAGUAAAUAGUAAAACCUAAUUAACUUAUUCAUGGAAAAUCUUUUUGAUGAUAUAGCUCCAGCUCCUACUACACGUGCUAGACCUGGUGGCAGGUUUGCGCCUAAGGCUAAACCGAAACAACCGCCUCGAAAGAAUGCAUCUGCGUCAAAAGAUGAGAACAAUGUGGAUGUUGCUUCAUCAACCACUCGCAAAGAACCUGAAGGAAUUUCUCAGAAUGAAUCUCAUAAUGAAGUUACUGUAAGUUCCUCAAUUGAGGAGCCUAACAAGUCUGGUCUUCAUCCUGAUAUCAGUCUCAAGAAUGAGAAUGAAUUGAAUAAUGUGGCUGCCCCAUCUACUAUCUCCUCAACCGGAGUUAGAAUGGAUGAACUGCCUCAAAACGGGGAAGGUUCGUUUCUCGAUAAGGACGAAAGUUUGCAAGUUAUUGAUAAUUCACUGGAAGUUAGCUUAAACGAGGGCUUCAAAAGUGCUUCAGGCGACAGUAACACUGCAAUACCCGAGAGUAACAUUCAUUCAAAUUUUGAGUUUGGAAAGGUUGGAGAGGUAUUGUCUGCCGAAAUUGAGUUAGAUCCUUUCAGCAAUGUCCUCCCUGAUCCUGGCACCGGGAAUGCUCGCAAGUUUCAACCCAAGGUUAAGCCACGACCUAGAGUCAGCAAUACACCAGCUAUUGCUUCUGCUUCAUCUGGUAUUCCAUUCUCUGAAAACAAUAAAAGCUUUGAAGCAGUUAUUCCUUCAAAUCCAGAUUUCCUGAAUAUGACCUCAGAGGCUGUAGUUCAUGAUGGAACUGGAGAUUUGCCCUCUAGCUUUGGUAAAUCAACUGCAGAGACUGCAGAUAUUCUUUUGGGGCUAGAAUCACUUGAUGUCAAUCUCAACCAAGCUGCAACUGCUACAGGAAAACCAGAUCUUAAAUCUUCCAAUGUGAAGGGUAUAGAGGAAAAUUUUGUCCUACCAGAAUAUGAUAACAAAAAUAGGUUGGAAUCGCAGGAAAUCGCAGACUUGAAUCCUGGCUGCCCAAUUGACAAUGUCUAUGAUUAUCAAUCCAUGAAAUCUGGCACUAACCCAACAUCUGAAAUUCCAAGGCAUGAAGCGUUGGCAAAUUCUGCUGAUAGUCCCACAUUGGCUGACUUUUUGCAGCUAGACGGUACUGGAGAGAAAAAAGAUGCUAAUGAGUUAAAAAAAUCUCUAAAGAAGCAUAAAAUAUCUUCUUCUAUUUCUGUUGUGGAGGAUAAGGGUGGUAAAACCUUAAGGAAACCGAGAAAACAAGCAGUUCGUAAACCCGCUAAAACCUCAUUGAAUGAGGCUAUUGAGGAUGAUGAUGUCCUCGACCCUACUUAUGAUGUUAAUGGAAAUGAACUUAAAGAAAAUGAUGAUGAGUACGUAGUGGAUUAUUCAUCCAAGAAGAAAAGAGCAUCAACAAGUUCGAAGAAGAAAUCCGUGGCUAAAAAUGGAAAAACAUCUGGAAAAUGCAAGAAGGCUAAUGAUGAUAUUGAAAAGGUUACUGAAGCACCUGUUAAAAAUGGAAAAGCAUCUCGAAAACGGAAGAAGGCUAAUGAUGAUAUUGAAAAGGUUACUGAAGCACCUCCUAAAAAGUUCCCGCAUUCAUCUCGGCGAAGAAAAAGAUGUGUGGACAAGGCUCUGCUGGAAGAUGAAUUUCUUGAUCAGCGAACAUUACCUAUUAGGGAUAUUAUUUUACUUGCAGAUUAUAAGGAGCGAUUGGCGAAAAAGGAGGCAGCAACUUCUAAACCAUCUUCUUCCAAUCAAAGCGACUGGGAUGUUCUUCAUGAGGCUGAUGCUAAUAACGAAGAGGAGUUUUUUGGUUCAGAUGAUGAAUAUAGAGACCCAGAUGAUGAUCUAGCCAGUGAAAAGUUUACAUCAACUGCCCCCUUAUUGAAUUAUCACUCUUUCAUGAACAAGCCACCUAGGGCAAAAUGGUCAAAGCAAGAUACUGAACUGUUUUAUAAGGCUGUUAGUUUUUGCACAGAUUUUGAAAUGAUUCAAAGACUUUUUUUCCCUGAUAAAACACGCCAUCAAGUUAAGCUGAAGUACAAGAAGGAAGAACGGCAACAUCCUUUACGGUUAUCUCAGGCUGUGAAUAAUCAUGCAACAGAUCUUUGUCAUUUUAAAACGGUGGCUGAAAGUCUGCAACAAACUUCUAAUAAGGAGGAACAAGAUACCGAAAGUGAUGCCCCAGAUGUCGCACCAGGGGAGGAGGUUGAGGACCCGACACCUGGAACUAAUGAAGAGGUUGCAACAACUCAGAAGGACGACAUCGGAGUUAAAGAUCAGGAAGAUCCCAUAGAAGAUCAAAAUCUGGAGCAAUCUGAUGAUAGUGAAGAUGAGUUACAAAAAUGGGCUCAGUAUCAAAGUGCUAUUUAGUGAUACGAAUGAUAUAACCAACAAUUUUGAUCUCAUUUUUUAUAUUAAAGUUUAAGCAAUAUUUUAGUACUUGGCCAUUCGAUUUGUUAUAUCACUUUGUCAACUUCUAAUUUCGUCCAGGAUAUUUUUUGAGUCUGGGUCUGCUGCUCUAUUUCCACACUUCACAAGUUUCCAUCCAGUUCACUUCACAGGCACGUGUGAAUUAAAAAUUAACGGCUAUAAUUAAAAUGUUUGUUCACUAAAAUAAUAUUCAAAAUAAUUACUUUCACAACUCUUGUUUUAUGAACUGAGUUGACUGGUUGAUCAUCUUUCUUUGAUGUCUCUGCAAGUUGCGAUAUACUUUCACAACCCUUGCACGUGUUAAUGACACUACAUCUCUAACUCUUAAGCAAAAAGUGUGUGAUAUUGGGCCACUUUGUUUCAGCUUUAAAAAAAUGGAUUUUUUCUUUGUAUUUUUGAAAAUAGAUUUUUUAAAACCGUUUUUUAAAAUAUUACAAGUUUUUUUAUAUUCGUUUUUUCUAAAAUGAAACACUUAAUUUGACAUCCUAUAACAU